AGAAAUUCAACGUACAACACUACAUGAUGCAACAUCGUCGUAAUGUAGUACUAUGGGACGUGAUAUUGACGUAAUAUUGCGGGGUGUAACAUUAUGUUACGACAUAACCUUGAUGUGAUGCACAUAGAAAGAAAUGUGUCCGAUAAUAUUUUAUCAACUGUCAUGAAUAUGGUUGGUAAGACAAAAGACACAUUGAAAAGUAGAUAUGACUUGAUGGAUCUUGGAAUCAGACAAAGGUUGCAUCCUAUUGUGGAUGGGAAUAAUAUUUUGUUACCGGCAGCAUGCUAUGCAUUAUCCGCGGAAGAGAAGUUGAAGGUGUGCAAUUUCUUAGCUAAUCUGAAGGUUCCUGAUGCAUUUUCCUCAAACAUUUCAAGGUGUGUCAACGUACAAGAGAAAAAGAUACAUGGAUUGAAAUGUCACGAUCAUCAUGUAUUGUUGCAAGACAUUUUUCUAGUAGCUAUACGUGGUUUGCUACCCAAGAAAGUGUGUGAUCCAAUUAUAGCCUUAGGAAAGUUUUUCAAAAAUAUAUACUCUAAGUGCUUGACGAUUGAAGAUCUUGAUAUCCUAGAGGCAAAAAUUCCUGUUAUUUUGACCAAACUUCAACUUGUUUUCCCUCCGGCUUUCUUUGAUGUCAUGGUUCAUUUGCCAAGUGAGGCAAAGCUUGGUGGACCAGCUCAAUAUCGGAAUAUGUAUCCUAUUGAGAGGUAUCUACGAACACUUAAGUCAUAUGUUCGCAACAAAAAUCGUCCAGAAGGUUCAAUUGCAGAAGGUUAUUUGACAGAGGAAAGCCUCACAUUUUGCUCACGAUACUUGAAGAAUAUCUCAACAAAGUUCAAUAAACCAACUAGGAAUGACGAUGUAUCUGUGUCAAAUGAUGAGAUGUAUAUCUUUAAAAAAAGUGGGCAAACAAAGGGUGCCUCAGACGGCAUCAGGCUAUCUCAUGAUGAGUUUAAACAAGCAUGUAUGUAUGUGCUUCAAAAUUAUGAAGAGGUUUCACAUUUCAUGGAGGAAUAUACAAGCAAGAUUGAAAGCCAAAGUUCAAUGAGAGCUCAUAAAAAUGGGUUUCUUGAUUGGUUUCGUGCACGUAUAUUUGUACUAUCUCCACAAGGACGCACAAAUGAUGAGCUCAUAAGCUUAGCCGUCGGUCCUGCACCAUUAGUACAUCGAUAUUCAACAUUUGUGGUGAAUGUAUUUAGAUUCCAUACAAAAGAGCUUGCAUUGAGAAGAAAAACGCAGAAUAGUGGUGUCCUUGUGAGAGUAGAUGAUUUAGACUCUAAUAAGGAGUAUUAUGGUGUAUUAGAGGACAUUUAUGAGUUAUCUUAUGUGGGAAACAGAAAAGUUUACUUAUUCAAGUGUCAUUGGUGGGAUGCGGCUCGCUUGGUAAGAGGAUAUAAGAUUGACAAAUAUGGCUUCACAAGUGUGAAUAUUCGGUGUGCAUUGAAUACAAAUGAGCCAUUUGUGUUGGCAUCUCAGUCAGAACAAGCCUUUUACUUGGACGACAUGGUCGAUAAUGAUUGACUUGUUGUUGUGAAGACAAAUCCUCGUGACCUUUUCAAAAUUCCUGAUAAUGAUGAUAAUUGUGUAGAUAUUGAAGAUGAAGAAUUAUUGAAUGAAGAAGUUUAUCAACAAGAGGAAGCUGAAUUUAAUACUUUGUACACCAAUGACCAAGAAAAUAUUGUUGAGGUGUCUCUACAUAGGGAUAAUGUUGAACCACAAAGUAUUAACUACGAUUAUGCAAGUACGCAAGCUCAAAACGAUGUGCAUAAUGAGGAAGAUUAUUUCAUAAUGACAAUCAUAUAGAAAUAUCAGAGAGUGAAGAUAGUGAAGAAGAGUUAUUUGAUGAUGAUGAUGGGGAGGACACUAAUACAUCCUCUUGAAGUCUAAGAAGCAAAAGACGAAUGAUAUAAAUGUUACAUCCUAUUUUGAAAAUUCUCUAUAUUUUUGUCUAUGACUUUAUACUACCCCAUGUAUUUGUUUGGAACUGUCAAUGAACCAAUGAUUAUUGAUGCUUGAAUCUUUA